UGAUCUUAUGUGUGAAGCCAGCCUUAGUACUUGUCUGUUUAGCUGCUGUUUAUGUAUUACCAUAUUUCUUUUUUUUUAUCAGGUCGCAGUAUCAGAUGGUGAAUUCAGAAAAAAAGAGCUGAAGGAUGCUGAAUUGGAUAAAAAGAUAAAAGCUUUAAAAAAGAAGAACGAAGCCCUUGUCCGCCGAUAUGAAGAAAUUGAAGAAGACAAACGGAACGCUGAGAAACAAGGCAAGGCAAUUACUUGUCGCCGGGCUAAGCAAGACAACCUCACAAUCACGAUCACAAAGGCACCUAAUGACAAAAGAGUUGUAAGUGAGAACUGGAAUAUCUCUGACAGCAAAGAUGAGCAAAGCUUAACUGUGCAUGUAGGAAAAGAAAUGCAGCUUGCCGUUACAGUGGACAGUAACGUUGAGGGCAAGAAAGUAGUCACUAAAAAGAUUGACCAAGACUGUAUACUAGUAACAAACAAAGCACCUAAUUUGACUGUGGAAGAAGUGGACCAUCUAUUUACCUUUGGUAGAGGACGUCGUAUGCAGAUUGCAAUUGCCAUGGAACAAGGCAAGAAAGUAGCCAGUAAGAAGAAUGACCAAGACUGUUAUUUGGGGAUCAGUAAUGUGCCUAAGUUAACAAUGGAAGAAGUGGAUCAUCUGUUUUCUUAUGGCAGGGGGCAUCGUAGGCAGAUUGCUAUUGCCAUGGAACAGGAAGCCAAGAAGAAAGCUGGGAAAAAGCAUGAAGAAAUAGAGAAAAUUGACAUGAAAGAACAAAGCAAUAAGGAUCACUUUGAAUACCUGAAAUGGAAGAAAGAGCGUGAACAAAUUGAUCUUGACCGCGUGGCACGGCAUAGGAAUUCAAAUGGAGAAUGGCGCCGUCCCUGGGAUAUGGAAAAGACAGAUGAGAUGUUUAAAGAUGAUUCUGACACAGUCCCAAGUGGAUUCUGUGGCAAGAGAGGUGAGCAUCACACAAAAUUUAUAACGAAACCAUCUAGAAACUGA